AUGUCCAAAGUACUACAAUUUCGUUGCGCGCUCGUCACCGGCGGCGGCGGCGGCAUCGGCAAAGCCAUGGCCCAGUACUUCAUCUCGCAGGGCAAGAAAGUCCUCCUCGCCGGGCGCACAAAGGCCAACCUGGAAGCAUCGGCCCAAGAAAUCGGCGCCGCCGGCUGCUACGUCCUGGACGUGGGCGACAGCGCCGCCAUCCGCACGUUUGCGCAGCAAAUCACCCACGAGCAUCCCGAUCUGGACUGCGUGGUCAACAACGCCGGCGUGCAGCGGCCGCUGACUGUGCUCGGCGACACGGACGACUUCCUCGGCAAAGCCGACGAGGAGAUCAACAUCAACGUGCGGGGGCCGCUGCACCUGACGAUGCACCUGCUGCCGCACCUGCAGCAGCAGCAGCACCCCGUGGUGGUCAACGUGUCGAGCAUCCUCGGCUUCGUGCCGUUUGCCGUGGGCAACCCCGUGUACAACGGCACCAAGGCGUGGCUGCACUUUUGGUCGAUGAACCUGCGCACGCAGCUGCGGCAGGGAGGGUCGCGCGUGCGCGUCGUCGAGAUUGCGCCGCCGACGGUCGGCACCGACUUGCACCGCGACCGCGCCGACCCGGACGACAACAAGAAGGAGAAGAACGACAAGGCGCUGACGGUGGACGAGUUCGUGGCGGACGUGGCGAGGAAGCUGGAGAGCGGCGAGGAGAUGAUUUCGGCGGGGAUGGGGGUCGGGAUGGUGGAGGACUGGUAUGCGACGUUUGGGAAACGGUAUCGAGAUGCAGAGGCAGCUAAUUAG